CCUCUGGACCCUCCUCGCGCCGCAAAUGGUGCUCAACCCAAAAAGGUCGCCUACUUCUACGAUUCUGAUGUCGGCAACUACGCCUACAAUGCCGGUCAUCCCAUGAAGCCUCACCGUAUCCGAAUGGCUCAUAGUCUGAUCAUGAACUACGGCUUGUACAAGAAGAUGGAAAUUUACCGAGCUAAGCCUGCUUCCAAGUACGAAAUGACCCAGUUCCACACCGAUGAAUAUGUCGACUUCCUCUCAAAAGUCACUCCAGACAACAUGGACAGCUACGCGAAAGAGCAAGGAAAAUAUAACGUCGGUGACGAUUGUCCCGUCUUUGAUGGUCUCUUCGAGUACUGCGGUAUCAGCGCUGGUGGCAGUAUGGAAGGUGCUGCUCGUCUCAACCGUCAAAAAUGCGACGUCGCCGUCAACUGGGCCGGAGGUCUGCAUCACGCAAAAAAGAGCGAAGCCAGUGGUUUCUGUUACAUCAACGACAUUGUUCUCGGAAUCAUCGAACUUCUCAGAUUCAAGUCGCGCGUUCUCUACAUCGACAUUGAUGUCCACCACGGCGAUGGUGUCGAAGAAGCCUUCUAUUCGACCGACCGCGUCAUGACCUGCUCGUUCCACAAAUAUGGAGAAUACUUCCCUGGUACUGGUGAAUUGCGCGAUAUUGGUGUCGGCAACGGUAAAAACUACGCUGUCAACUUCCCACUUCGCGACGGCAUGGACGAUGUUGCGUACAAGAGUGUCUUUGAGCCUAUAAUCGCAAAGAUCAUGGAGUUUUUCCGUCCUGAUGCUGUUGUUCUGCAGUGUGGUGGUGACUCUCUGAGUGGUGACCGUCUUGGUUGCUUCAACUUGUCCAUGCGUGGUCAUGCCAACUGCGUUAAGUACGUCAAGAGCUUCAACCUGCCUACUCUGGUUCUUGGAGGUGGUGGUUACACAAUGCGUAAUGUCGCUCGUACGUGGGCUUACGAAACUGGUCAACUUGUUGGUCAAGAAAUGGGCCCUGAGCUUCCCUACACCGACUACUACGAAUAUUACUCUCCUGAUUUCGAACUCGAUGUUCGUCCCUCCAACAUGGACAACGCAAACAGCCCAGAAUACCUCGAGAAGAUCAAGUUGCAAGUCUUCGAGAAUCUAUCACGCACAAGAUUCGCACCUAGUGUUCAAAUGACCGACGUACCACGCUCACCACUUGUUGUUCAGCCCAACGAGAACGACCCUGACAAUGAGGGUGACACUGAAGAUUUGGAUGAACGUGAGCGUCGCCUUGAUGACAAGGACGACGAUGAAAACCCAGACUCUCGCUACACCGAACGCAAAUGGGAUGCUCGUAUUGAGCGUGACGAUGAGUUUGAAGAUUCUGAUGAUGAAGAGAUGGACGCUCUUCUUGGUGUCAAGAAGCAGCCUGGCCAAGAACGUCAACGUAUGAAGAUUACCGACCACAAAAAUCCCUUCGCCGAUACUGCCGAAGGUCCUAUUGAGUCUGGAACUGCCACCCCUAUUGACAACACAAUCCCACCAGCUGCUGCUCAAGCCGAUCAAAUG